CAUACUUCCUUCUAUACUACUAAAAGAGUUUGCCACGUGUACCGACGAUUCCCAGCGGCGAGACAGCCAAACAAACCGACAGAAGGUGAAUUUCCGGAUCUAACCCCCAAUCGGCGCAUGUUGCUAAAGUACGCGGCCUUCUCCGUCUCUACUACACUACGCCUUCUCUUGUUCUUUAACUUCCUUCUCUGUACUGCGGACGAUACAUAUAACUGUACAAUUCUCUCUGCAAAUUAAAUCAUUCAUCUCUAUCUCUACGUAUUUAUUAUUAUAUAUUAGAUUUUUUUUUAUUACAUUAUAAUUUUAGUAAGAAAUCGUCGAUAUAAUUAUAAUUUUCCUUUUCCCAGUUCCUGAAAAUCCGCGUAAAAAUCGACCUGAUUCAGUUGAUUUCUGCUUGCUGCUGAAUGAAUAAUUUCCACAUCUAAAAUAGUGAUUUUUUGCGGGAUCAGUUCCACAAUUUCUGCGUUUUGUUUCCUUUUUCGGCGAUUUGUUAGAGCUGUAUGUAUGUAUUAUUCCCUUAAUAUUUUACCUGCGAUUGAAUUUUGAAGGUCGGAAUCCCAAUUCCAGCUUGUGGUUUUUCUAGGGUUUUAAGCAAUACUUUACUGCAUGCCUAAUUAACGGAAUUUUUUUCGUGUUUAGAUUUAAUUUCUGUUAAAUGUGGGGUUUUGAGUAUUUCCUGAGUGUGAAUUUUGGUGUGUUUCUGAGAAUUUGAUGAGACGCCGUCAAUCUUCAGUUGUAGAAUCGGGUGGAUUAAUGGAUAAAUGGAAGGGGAAAAAUCAGCCUUCGCGGAUGUGUUUAAUAGCUUCAUUAUCAGCUUUAUUUUGGUUAGGUCUUUUUUGCUUCCAUUUUUCUGUUCUUGGUGGUGGUAGUGUUGCUCUUGAUACUUCUCCUCAGUUACUCCAAGCUUCUUUUAAUGGAGAUUCAAGUAAUCCUGAAAUUGAAAUUGGGUUAGAGAGAGAAGCAAUGGUGGAUAACAGUUCAAAACACGAAACCCCAGAUCCGGUUCAGCCAACCGAUGAGAAUCUCCCACCACCUGUAAAACCCAAGAUCAAAGGUAGAACAACUCACCACACGAAGCAGACUUAUCCUUUCAUGAGGGCGUUACGGACGAUAGACAACAAGAGCGACCCUUGCGGAGGUAGAUACAUAUACGUGCACGAUCUCCCUCCGAGGUUCAACUCCGAUAUGCUCAAGGAGUGCAAGACCCUCAGCCUAUGGACUAACAUGUGCAAGUUCACCACCAACGGUGGCCUCGGCCCCCCCUUGGAUAACACCGAUGGCGUCUUCUCCAAUACCGGCUGGUACGCCACCAAUCAAUUUGCAGUCGACGUAAUAUUCGCCAAUCGAAUGAAACAGUACGAGUGCCUGACAAAAGAUUCCUCUCUCGCAGCAGCAAUUUUCGUGCCAUUUUACGCAGGGUUCGAUGUUGCUAGGUAUCUGUGGGGCCACAACAUUUCAACUAGGGACUCUGCCUCGCUGGCAUUGGUUGAUUGGCUAGUGAAGAGGCCCGAGUGGAGUAUUAUGGGAGGGAAGGACCACUUCCUUGUGGCGGGGCGAAUCACGUGGGAUUUUCGGAGAUUGACCGAUCAAGAAUCGGAUUGGGGUAACAAGCUUUUGUUCUUGCCCGCUGCCAAGAACAUGUCUAUGCUUGUAGUGGAAUCGAGUCCAUGGAAUGCGAAUGAUUACGGGAUUCCGUACCCUACGUAUUUUCAUCCCGCGAGAGACGAUGAUGUCAUAAUCUGGCAGGAAAGAAUGAGGAAACUUGACCGGAAGAAUCUUUUUUGUUUUGCGGGUGCGCCUCGUCCGGACAACCUUAAAUCGAUCAGAGGACAGAUCAUCGAACAGUGCAAGAAUUCGAAGGUGGGGAAGUUGUUGGAGUGUGACCUUGGCGAGAGCAAGUGCCACUCUCCUAGUAGUAUAAUGCAGAUGUUUCAGAGCUCCCUUUUCUGCUUACAGCCACAGGGGGAUUCGUACACGAGAAGAUCGGCUUUCGAUUCCAUGCUGGCGGGCUGUAUACCAGUCUUUUUCCAUCCGGGGUCCGCCUACACGCAGUACACGUGGCAUCUGCCGAGGAAUUAUUCGGAAUAUUCCGUGUUUAUUCCGGAGGAUGAUGUUCGUAGGAAUAUCAGCAUAGAGGAGAGGCUCGGUCGGAUUUCUAAGGAGAGGGUGAAGGAAAUGAGGGAGAAUGUUAUAAAUUUGAUCCCGCAGCUUAUAUACGCGGACCCUCGAUCUAAGCUCGAGACGUUAAAAGACGCGUUUGAUGUGGCGGUUGAUGCGGUUAUCGAUAAGGUGACGAAGUUGAGGAAGGAUGUGAUCAAGGGGCGUAAAGAUGAUGAUUUUAUUGAGGAGCUUAGUUGGAAAUAUGCUUUGUUGGAUGAAGUUGAAGCGACGGGCCCCCACGAAUGGGAUCCGUAUUUCUCGAAACCCAAAAAAGACGGGAAAUCGGUUUCUAACAGCUAAAGAUACCGAUCAUGGAAUAUCUUACAUCGGGUUUUGGGAAUGCUCAGCCUAUAUAAGUAAUCGGACCGAAGAUCAUGAAUUAGCUAUAAGCGUUUUUGGGUGGUGAUGAGGUAUGUAUGAUAUAUAAAGCUUUGUGGUUCAUGAAAAAAAAUCUCAUGUCUUGUUUGAAUGAAACCAACUCAUGGGGUAUACAUAAAAUCUACUUCCUGCAUAUUUAUUUAUAUAGUUUCAUAAUUGUUUUUUCUAUUAAUAUAAUAUGUCAUUCUUUUAGUGAUGAUCUAUAUAUAAAGAUGGUUUUCACAAAAAGAUUGUUGAAUGUUGACCUUUGUUGAUUGCAUGUUCUUAGUCCCCGUU